GUUANCAUGCGAAGACUAAGGCACAGGAACUUGGUACGACUCCUUGGCUAUUGCAGGCGAAAGGGAGAACUUCUAUUAGUCUAUGAUUAUAUGCCUAACGGAAGCCUUGACAAAAUCUUAUAUGGAAAUUUGAAGCCAAACCUUAAUUGGUUUCAGAGGUUCCGGAUUAUCCGAGGAGUAGCUUCUGGCCUUCUUUACCUUCAUGAAGAGUGGGAACAAAUUGUUCUGCAUAGAGACAUAAAGCCUGCUAAUGUUCUUUUAGAUGUCGAUCUCAAUGGGAAGUUGGGAGAUUUUGGCCUCGCUAGAUUAUAUGAUCAUGGCAGCGACCCACAAACCACCAAACUGGUAGGAACCAUAGGUUAUCUGGCUCCAGAGCUUCUUAAAACUGGAAAAGCAACUACCAGCACAGAUGUAUUUGCUUUUGGAGCUUUUAUGCUCGAGGUUGCUUGUGGAAGGAGGCCUAUGGCUAUGGAGCCUGGAGAGAAAGAUUUGGUUAAUUGGGUCACAGAUUUCUUGAAAAGAGGAGCUAUUAUUGAUGCUAGUGACCCUAGAUUGGAAGGUAUAUACGUUGAGGAGGAAAUGGAAUUGGUUUUGAAACUAGGCCUCUAUUGUUCAGACUCUAACCCAGAAACUAGGCCUAGCAUGAAGCAGGGGAUACAGUAUCUGGAUGGUGGUACUAUGUUACCAAAUACACCACCUGGUAGCAUUGUCAUUGGCGAAUUCACAACACGUAACAAACCUCUUGACAAUGUUGUGUCAUUUCAUUCACUGGUGGGUAGUUCUUCUUACACAACGACUACAAAUGAUUCAAGCCUUACAGUAGCUUUAGCUCUUCGAUCGAUUUAUGUUUGGAUGCUUUUCAAUUUAUCCUUCAUUUGCUUGUGCUCAUCUCUAAAUGAAAACGUGUUCAUCUACAAUCAUGGCUUCCAUGAAGCCAAAUUACAUCUGGGUGAAUUCUCAGAAAUCCACCCCAAUGGUCUAUUGCAGCUAACCAACACUUCUGAGAGGCAAACUGGUCAUGCUUUUUAUCCAUUCCCAUUCAAAUUCAACACAUCUUCCCCUGAAUCUCUUUCCUUUUCCACGAAUUUUGUUUUUGCCAUAGUUCCAGAAUGGGUUAAUAAGGGAGGCCAUGGCAUAGCUUUUGUCAUCUCACCGUCUAUGAACUUUACUGGCGCUGUUGCAGGUCCUUAUUUGGGACUCUUCAAUCUUAAAAACAAUGGCCAGCCUACAAACCACAUCUUAGCGAUCGAGUUUGAUACUAUACAAAACCCUGAAUUUUAUGACAUGGAUGGAAACCAUGUGGGAAUUGAUGUGAACGGCUUGAUUUCUAAUGAAUCUGCUACAGCAACUUAUUAUUCGAAUGAAGAACGGAAGAACAAAAGCUUAGUGCUCAUGAGUGGAGAUCCAAUAAAGGUUUGGAUAGACUACGAUGGUGCUGAAAAAUUAAUCAAUGUGACUCUCUCUCCUGUUCGAAUCGCAAAACCAGAAAGACCUCUCUUGUCAACGCCCCUCAAUCUUUCUGAAGUUCUCUUGGACUCUAUGUAUGUCGGUUUCUCAGCAGCAACUGGCACAACUACAAGUGAUCAUUAUAUUCUAGGAUGGAGCUUCAACAGAAGCGGACAAGCACAAAACAUUGAUGUCUCCAAGCUUCCUCCUGUUCCUGCACACGGGAAAGCAAGUAAGAAACCUGCACUACUGAUGAUUGUUUUGAUUGUAGUAGCGGUGGCUGUGGUUUUUAUAGUAGUCAUUUUAGCUGCUUAUAUUGUGUGGAAGAAGAAAUAUGAAGAAGUAUGUGAAGACUGGGAAAGGGAAUAUGGCCCUCAAAGGUUCCCCUAUAAGAAUCUCUAUAAAGCAACUAGAGGUUUCAAGGACAAAGAGCUUAUUGGAAAAGGAGGUUUUGGAAAGGUUUACAGAGGCGUCCUUCCUUCUAAUGAACAAAUCGCGGUCAAGAGAGUCUCUCACGAUUCGAAACAAGGGAUGAAGGAAUUUGUGGCUGAGAUUGUUAGCAUGGGAAGGCUAAGGCAUAGGAACUUGGUGCAACUCCGUGGCUAUUGCAGACGAAAGGGAGAAUUUAUUUUGGUCUAUGAUUAUAUGCCAAAUGGAAGCCUGGACAAAUUAUUAUACAGCAAUACAGAGCCAAAUCUUAAUUGGUUUCAGCGAUUUCGAAUCAUUAGAGGAAUAGCUUCUGGCCUUCUCUACCUUCAUGGAGAAUGGGAACAAGUUGUUCUACAUAGAGAUAUAAAACCGGGUAAUGUUCUUUUAGAUGCUGAUCUAAAUGGGAGGUUAGGUGAUUUUGGCCUAGCUAAACUAUAUGACCACGAUAGCAAUCCGCAAACCACUAACCUUGUGGGAACUGUAGGUUAUUUGGCUCCAGAGCUCAUUAGAACUGGAAAGGCAACUACCAGCACGGAUGUAUUUGCUUUUGGGGCUUUCAUGCUUGAGGUGGCUUGUGGAAGGAGGCCUAUAGAGCAACAAGGUUAUGGAGUGGUAUAUUUGGUUGAAUGGGUAAUCAAUUGCUGGAAAAGAGGAGCUAUCAUCAAUGCCAGUGAUCCAAAAUUAGAAGGUAUUUAUGCAGAGGAGCAAAUAGAGUUGGUACUGAAACUAGGGCUGUUUUGUUCACACCCUAACCCCGCAGCAAGGCCUAACAUGAGACAGUUGAUGCAGUAUCUGGACAGCGAUGCUACACUGCCAGAUAUAUCACCUAAUAGCAGUUCAAUGGAUGUGUUCAUAAAUAGUAAUGAAGAUUCUAAUAGUGGAAUGUCAUUUCCCACAUUGUUUGAAAGUAGUUCUGCGCAGACCAUGUCUACUUGUGAUUCAGUCCUCAUAGAAGGUCGUUGAAUCAAAUAUCUUAUUGCAAUGGAGCCUUUCUUUGGACUAAUCAUGGUCCAUGUAAAAAGAAAUAUUGUUUCUAAAACUUUCUGCGAGUUUCUCAAACUGAUAGUUCUUGUAUCAUUUUUACUUGUUAUUCUAUUA